AUAACGAGUAUGUCUGGACGAGGUAAAGGAGGAAAAGGACUCGGUAAAGGAGGCGCCAAGCGGCACCGUAAAGUUCUCCGUGAUAACAUCCAGGGAAUCACUAAACCUGCUAUCCGCCGUCUGGCUCGCCGCGGUGGAGUCAAGCGUAUCUCAGGUCUGAUAUACGAGGAGACCCGGGGUGUGUUAAAGGUCUUCCUGGAGAACGUCAUCCGUGAUGCCGUCACCUACACCGAGCACGCCAAGAGGAAGACGGUGACCGCCAUGGAUGUGGUGUACGCUCUGAAGAGACAGGGCCGCACUCUGUACGGCUUCGGAGGUUAAAGUCAGCGUUCAUGCAGCAAAACAA